ACUACGGCAUCAGCGACCCCUACCAGCUAUCCGAAGUACAUUGCCCCUCCGGGAGGCAUGGCUCAACCUUCCGUGAACCACACUAAGAUUCAAAUCGGUUUCAAGCGUGGCUUCAACUGGCCCUUCGUCGUUGGACACGCUGAUACUACUGGCUGGCAACUCACUACUUACAUGCCUGUUGCGGUCGCUGAUGGCCUUGGAAUUGAUCACGACAAGGUCGAGAUGUUUGCACUGACGUCUUACAACACUACCGCAUCGUUGGGAUACAUUACAACUCUUGCUUUGUUGUACGUCCCUAGCGACCUCGUUGACACUCUUCACUUGGAUCUGCUCAACAGCAACUCUGCCUUCUACAAUAACCAGGAUGCUCAGUCGGGUGACACCAUCAACUUCUUGACAAGCUUUGUCGACCCGACAUUUGCCAUCCUGGCAGGUGAAAACCCCGAUGAAUCAUCGGGCUCGUCCUCUGGCAACGGUGGCUCCUCAGAUUCCGGCUCAAAUUCAAACAGCGGCGACCUGAGCGACUCCAGCUCAAGCUCUCCCAUCAAGGCUAGCGCUGUCGGUAUCGCUUUCGCUACCAUCGGUGGUGUGGCUGCCUACGGUGCCGCGAUGUUGCUCGUUGCCCGUAGGUACAAGAAGAAGAAGGCGAGCCACCAGCGGAGCAGUUCCGUUCCCACUGCCAGCGGCUACGGAGCAACUAUGACUGGCGGUGCAUUCAUGACUGGCGGUCGUGGUGGCCGCUUCAGUGGUCGUGACAGCCGCGGUAGCGGAAGCGGCCGUAGCGCCCGCACUGCGCAAAUUUCGGCCCCCGUCAUGGCAGAGAACUCUCUUGGAUGGAACUAA